GGGAAUGUGUUUGUGACGAACGCGAUCUCACUGUUUUCUAUCGUGCCCCUGUUUUCCGUACGCUCAGCAUCCAGCAUCCCGAGGAGAACUGCCAUAAUUUUUCUUUUUUGCCGCAGAUUUUUCAACUAAAAUACAAGAAUUUGAUCCAUCAUGUCGACUACGGAAUUCACAGAAGAAGAACAGAGUCGCUACGACCGGCAGAUCCGUCUGUGGGGAAUCGAAGCUCAACAAAGGAUGCGUAAUGCAACAAUUCUUGUUGUACGAUUGCAAGGCACUGCAACUGAAGUUAUCAAAAACAUCGUCUUAGCUGGCAUAGGCAAGCUCGUCAUGAUUGAUGACGCAGACGUUACUGAGGAGGACCUUGGGGCCGGUUUCUUUUUCCGAGACGAAGAUGUUGGUCAGAAGAGAGUAAUUGCUGCGAAAUCAAGAGUUGAGAGUCUCAAUCCCCUCGUGACGGUGGAGACUAUCACAACUUUGACCCUGCUUGAUGAGGCAACACUUGAACAAACGCUUGGAUCCGUAGAUUUGGUGUGUGUGACAGAUUGGGAUAGAGAUGGUCUUAUCCGUGUAAACGACGUGUGUCGGCGGCUCCGCACCCCGUUUUAUUGCGGUGGUACCUAUGGCGUUAUGGGCUACAUAUUCUGCGACCUACUCAAUCACGAGUACAUUGCUCCAGACCGUUCUGCCCCCAACACUGCCCAGAAAAACAUCAUGGUCACAGCCGCGUAUUCUCCUCUUCGAGAUGCUCUACGUCACAAGUGGUCCACAUUGACAAAAAGGCAAACUAAAGAACUGAAUCCUUCGGUCCUUUUCAUGAUUCUUGCACUGUGGGAGUUCCAGUCGAGACACGAGGGAGUCCUUCCCAGCAGUGUCGCUCAAGUGGAUGAAUUAGAAACCAUAGCAAACGCAAUGAUAGUUGCGGCAGACGUGAACAAGCAGGUCUUGACGAAAAUUCCUAGAGACUUUGCUGAGUCAAUAUCGACCACUGCAGGUCAUGAGUUUUCUCCAGUUUGCGCAAUAGUCGGUGGUAUGCUGGCACAGGACAUACUGAAAUCCCUGGCUGCCCGAGAACCCCCAAUUGCCAACUUCCUGACUUUCGAUGGUAAUACAGGAGGUGCCACUGUGGCUCGGAUGAAUAUGGCUUGACUGUUGAUAGCUUGACUAGUUGGGUCUAUCGCGUUUUUUCUUACUUCGUUAGGUGUCUCUUUUCUCAUCUGUAGUACAGGCAGUUUUACCGAUGUUGGAUGCUCUAUAUCUCCGAUAAAUAACAACAAGGUCAUCAAACUUGCAGAAUUAACUGUCGAGAUUACCGAUCCGGAGUAGUAUUUCGUCGCCCACCUUAUUCUCAGAUGCCUGGGCCCCAUCUAUGUACCUGAACGACAUAUGGAGGAUUUCAAGGCUUUAGAGCAAAUCAUAUCUGAUUUUAGAUACAUCAUGCAAGCGCCUCAGCUGACCGUUGUCCAUGCUCGAGUGGAUCGGAAGGCGAUACCGGAGUGACUUGUUAGCCAAGACAGUUCGCUGGCCGGCAAGAAACGUUGUUCAUAGCCGACAUUGUGUCGCCUAUCCAUCAGGCUCACUGGCUAUGACGUACUUUA